AUGGCCCCAUCCCCCCCCGACGGCCCCCUCCAGAAGGCUCUAGCGGAAUCUGUAGCAGCAGCUUCCAUCAGAGCCUCUGAAGGACAGUCCCUAUUUGAUCCUAUCGCAAAGUUCUUGGAUCAACACCGCACCAACAAUCAAGGCCUCCCCAAACACUUAAAGGAAGCCCUGGCCCAACUCAGCGACGAACUCGCAACAGUGGCUACAACACACUUCAAAGCAUUUAUCACAGGCUCAACCCCGAUCAAGCCACAUAUACACAAAAAUGCCUCUGCAUCGAACAGCACCCCGAUCACAAAGCCUACAUAUGCCAAAGCUGCUGCCUCAACUACCUCAAAGAUCUUCAGCCAGCCUUCAGCCACAAAGACCAAAAGCAUUCAAAAACUCUCCGAGGACAACAGACUCUUCGUCCGACUCCCUCUAGCCCACCCGGCAAGAGAUAUGCAUGUCUAUGCUAUCUACACGAGCCUCAAAACCAAACUAGGAAUACAUGGAAAAGCUCUUCAGGAAAUACAGCAAACGAAGUCCGGCCUGGCCUUAUGCCCAAACAGACCCGAAUCCCUCUCAAUCCUCGAAUCCCAGAUUCAAACCAUCUCCAACUUCUUCACCUCCCCUUCUGGCACGGUCAAAGUAGAGCGAAACGCUCAAUGGCUCUCAUACCGUAUCUCCAACGUCCCCAGACGCAUAGGCCUCUUCGAAAAUGACCAAUAUACAACAGGAGAUGUGGAUUCACACAUGUUAAAACUGGCCAUUAAAGAACUGACAGGUGUCACCCCACUUCUGGUAGCGGAAACACCGAACAGCACUAUCACUCCGUCCAGUUCAACCUGCGAUUGGUUCGUCAACUUUCCAAACGAGACCAAUCCAUCCCAAAUCCCGAAGUUCAUGCGACUCUUCGGGAACAUAAAACAUUCGCUCAUUCGAACAGAUGUGAUACACAAGGGGAACACACCUGCCCUCCCCGAUGCCUACAUUGCCACGGCCCCCACGCAGCCGAUGACUACAGAUGCCCUCUUUUCGCCGGCAAAGGCCGACAACUCACCAAAGAACAGAAAAUCGAAAUCAGAAAAUCAGGUUUUCUUGCCACCACCAAAGCCAGAAAAGACGAUGGAUGCAUUGCAGGCAGCAUACAACGAAAAGUCCGACAUCAUAAUGAUACAAGAACCAUACAUCUCGAAAGACCUCUCCCGCCGAAUCACCAAAUGGCACCCAGCAUACCAAUGCUACUCCCCAACAGACAACUGGCUUGAGCAUGGUAGACCCAGAGUGAUCUCCUACAUCCGCAAAGACCUAGACAUCAUUAUCACCCAACUCAAACCCCCUCACAUUGACCCAUAUGCCCUUUCAGAUCUCCUCAUCCUCCAACUAAAAACUGAGACCAAUUACUCAGUCACCAUCUUCAAUAUAUAUAACAGCCCCCGCGGUUCUCCAACCCGCCCCCAGAAUACCACCCAAACCCUCAUCGACACCCCAGACACCUACCUUCAAGGGAACACCUUCCUCUGUGGGGACUUCAACCUCCCACACCGGAACUGGCAACCUAGCUAUACAGGAAACCUCUCUCCUGCCUCUAUCCCCUUCAACAAAUGGCUCGAAGAACACCAAUUAGUAUUCUCAUCCGAGCUAGAUAAACCUACCCACUCUAUAGGCAAUGUUCUGGAUCUGGCCUUUUGCUCCCACACACUACAUCAACAAGGCCUCAAUACCCGUGUCGCCUAUCACCUUGAUGUCACCUCGGACCACACUCCCCUCCUUACAAAUAUCCCAUGGAUAUCCAAUACAACGAAUACUUUGAAACAGCUUCGUCCUAAAAGCCUCGAUCCUAUCCUUUUCAAAUCCCUCUUAAAAACCAAUCUCACAACCCUGAAUGCCCCACCUCGAAGCGAAGCAGAACUAGACCAGUUCACCGAUGACCUUGUAGACGCCAUCCACAAAGCUUAUUACCAGGCCCAACAUGCCAAGGACAUCUUCGCCAUAUCUAAAUGGCAUAAAACCACAGGCUCUUUCCAUUCCCCCCCUCUCAAGGACCCCCUUCACCCCAACCGACCCCUUGCAACCGGGACCCCGGAAAAACGAACCAUCUUAAUAAACAAUCUCCUCAAAAGAGAUACAGAAGUUGGAGACAUCCCUAUAGAUUGCCCAACUGUCCCUACCAAACAACUCCCUCCCCCAAUCAUCAAUGCUCAAGCGAUACAGAACGCAGUCUUGUUGGCAGGCAAUACAGCCCCUGGGGCAGACGAACUCCCUACAGCAAUCCUCAAAGAAGCCUGGUCUCUGAUCGAGCCAUUCGUCUCCCAACUUUACUACAGCUGUCUCCACCUCGGAUAUCACCCGAAAUCCUUCCGCAGUGCGAUCCUUGCAAUCAUCCCCAAACCCAAUAAGGCCGACCUCUCCUCUCCCAGAUCAUACAGACCCAUCGCCCUACUCUCAGUCCUCGGCAAAGGACUCGAACGAUUAAUUGCCCGGCAAAUGUCCUGGACCUCGAUCUCCCAUAAAGUCCUUUCCACACACCAAUUCGGAGCCCUGCCUCUCAGAUCCUCAGUAGACCUCACCACCUGCCUUACCCACGAUGUCGAACAUGCACUUAACUUAAACGGCUCGGCCUCGUUGCUCACUCUCGAUAUCAAAGGAGCCUUCGACGCUGUCCUCCCCGGACGCCUGAUCCGGAGGCUCCGGGAACAAGGCUGGGCCCCUAACCUCACCAAAUGGUUAUCCUCCUUCGUAACCCGAAGAACCAUCCAAGUUCGCCUAGAUGGAACCACAGGCCCCAAAACAAACAUUGAAUGCGGGCUCCCACAAGGCUCCCCUAUAUCACCCAUUCUCUUUAUGUUAUACAUCGCCCCUAUCUUCAAAAUGGGGAAGGACACAAUCAAAUUCGGCUACGCAGACGAUGUAGCUAUACUAGCUGCCUCGAACUCUCUGGAUGAUAAUGUCACCGAACUCAACGCUACCACACUGGAGAUCCUAACCUGGGGCGCCUCAGAAGGCAUCACCUUUGAUCCCGGCAAAUCAGAACUCAUCCACUUCUCAAAACGCAGGACUGAACAGAACCCAGAUAUUACCCCUACAAUUACUAUGGGAGAUCUAACAAUCAAAGAACUUGCCAAUGGAAAGCCCUAUAUUAGAUGGCUCGGAAUCCUCUUCGAUAAAAAGUUAUCCUUCAAAUGGCAUACGAAAGAACUAGCUACAAAAGCUAUUGUAAUAGCCAGAGCUCUUAAAUCCCUGGGUAACUCUAUAAGAGGAGCCCCUCCCAGACUACUACGGCAAGCCGCUGAAGCAUGUGUCCUCAAACGUGCAUACUUUGGAGCAGAAACCUGGUGGACAGGUAGAACACAAUUCGGAAUAAACCACCCUACUAAGGUGGAGGGCCAUAUCAACCAGUUAAGUAAGGUUACCUUAGAGUGUGCCAGAGCAAUCCUGCCAGUAUGGAGGACAACCAACAUAGCAAUACUGCACCGUGAAUCAGGACUCCGCCCGCCUGAAAUUGAACUGGACGACCUAGCUCGCGCUUCAACAGUUAGAACCAGAAGACUGGACCCCUACCACCCUCUCGCCUGGAGAGCUAAAUGGAUCCAAGAGGACCCCGGCUCUUUCAAGACCCGUUUCGCCUGCCGUAUCCUAUCUCUUCCGCCCUCGGAACAGAUCGAUCCCCUAUCAGCCCCUAAAUGGCUAGAAUAUGAAUCAAGAGCAGAAAUAAUGAAGCGUAUUCAUAGCCCCAAUGGCCGUACCAAACAGGAAGCAGCUACUGAAUUCAACGAUUUCUAUGACCUACUCCCUCGCGAAGAUAUCGUUAUCUUCUCUGACGGGUCUAAACUUGCAAACGGCAACACUGGUGGCGGUUUCGUAGGGUACCAAGACAACCACAAAUUCUGCGAAGGGAGCCUUCCACUAGGAAGAAUGAAGGAAGUAUACGAUUCUGAAGCGACCGCAGCUUUCGAAGGCCUCAAGGCCGCUAUCUCCUCGAUCGAAUCGAGAAUAGCAACAGAUAUAUACAUCUGUCUUGAUAAUAUUGAGGUAGCAGCAAGACUCCUCUCCAAAUCUACCGGAUCCUCCCAGGACACCUUCUCGGCUUUCCGCCAACUAGCCUCAACCUGGCACAAUGGCACAGUCCAUAUCCGAUGGGUCCCUGGUCAUAAAGAUGUAGCAGGAAACGAAGCGGCUGACAAAGCGGCCAAGGCAGGGGCAGCCCUCCCUCAACCCACAGGGGCCUACUCAUAUGCAGGACUCAGAAGAGUGACCAAAGGACUCAGGCAAAAAGCAAUGAAUCAGCUGUGGUCAACAGUGAUCCCAACAACCUACAGAGACCUCGAGAUCUUUACCUCACCAAGGAACCCAAAAGAACUCUCUCUCCCUAGACCCUUCCUAGGUCGCCUAAUAGCUAUCCGCUCAGGCCAUGGAGACUUCGCAUCGUACCACGAACGUUUCCUACAUCAAGACGCACAACUGCUUUGCAGAUGUGGAGCCCGUAAAUCCCCAGUACACUUCUUCUUCUGCAGUAUCGCCAAAAGAAACCACCCCCGGCCUAAAGGGAAACCUGCCGAUAUUCUUCCGUUCCUCUGCGGUACCUACGAAGGUGCUGAGGUAUUAGCAAACUGGACGAAAGCGAACGGAUUCUAUACCAACAUAUGUCCCCUCCACCUCCCUCCCCCCCCAAUCUUAAAGGGCCCCAUUCACUCGCUGAGUAACUCCCUGGCGGCCUUUGCCCCAAGAGGGGAUGUCAUGAGAAUGGGGGGGCUUCGCCCCCUCGGCCUCUGGCCGUUAAAUAAUAACACACACACACACACACUACCCCCUCUCUUAGGUAUGCUACUUACGGAAUUGGGUCACCCGUACGAGCCACUACUUGUGCAUGCUAUAGUUACGUUAUAUGAGGAUUGGUGCUCCUUCAUAAGCUUUCUAUUGGCAGGAUGA